AUGGCUGCCAGACAAUUCUUCACCCUGGUUGUGCAAAGCAUCCUCUGGAAUGCUCAUGUGGUCGGUGAUGAGCUGGAUGAGGCCACACGCGAGCGCAUGCGGCUGCGUGGGUGGUAUCUCAGCCGGAAGAUGACUCGGAUGCUGCAGGAGCUGGAGCAGGGGACGCAGGAGCUGGAGCAGAGGACCCAGGAGCAGAGCGGCUUUGCCUGGGGAGCCCUGCUCUUUGCUGCCUUGCAGCAGUGGCAGUUCUGGGCCGUUGCUGGAGUCCUGCUCCUGCUCUUCGGGCUCUGCUGGUGGCUCAGGAAAAGGAGCCAUGAGGUGGACAGCAGCAGUGACGAGGAGAGCUCUAGCAGUGACAGGGAGCAGGUGGAAGAGGAGGCAGAAGAAGAUGACAGUGAGAAUGAUCUGGGAAGGCUUUUUUUGGAGCAAAUACAGUGGCCAGUUCAAAACCUAGCCAUGGACUGUCAGGUGGUAAAGGACCUCCUUGGCACCUUCAUCCUUGUCUUCAGAGAAAUCUUGUCAAAUAGUUUCUUCCCAGUGCUGCAACCCGCCAUCGGGGUGGGCAGCGCCUUCGAAGGUUGGAGUCCCCGCGAGGAAGACAUCAUCUACCGCCUGCUCGUGCCCCUGAAGCCCCCCCGUGGGCACGCCUUCCACCUGGAGUUGGGCAACAGGGGGGAGACGCCAGCAAGGAACUUCUGCGUCCGCGUGGAGCUGGAGUGCACCUGCACGAGGGAGCAGCUGGCAGGAGAGAUGCUGUGCUUCCUGCACCACCCCGAGGAGGAGCUUAGGAGGGAUCAGGGUCCCAGCCUCCUACGCACCCUCUGCACUGGCUCCUACCUAGAUGUGCAGAAAACUGCCCGCUGGUUCUAUCAACUGGUGCAAGCAGCCUGGGUGGCUUUGCCUCAGUCAUCCACAUGGCGUCUAACCAUGCUGCCCUCUAGUCGCUCCUGCAAAUUCCAGGUGACAGAACGCAACAACAAAACCCACAUUAUUGAGAUGAUGUUUGGGGUGCAGCAAGGCAAUUCGGACAUCUUUGUGAGCAGCCAGAAUACGGAGGCCAUCUUCACCCCAAGCACGACGUGGCCAGAGAGCUACGCUGUGGCAGAGGCGAAGUUCUUCAGGCAUAUGGCCAGGCAGGUCCCGCAUGACAGCUUCCACCUCAGAUGCCUGCAGGCCUGCGCCCGCAUCCUGGUGGGCAUAGGCUUUUCCACCUAUACCCUGAAGACAGUUGUGAUGCACCUCCUGACCACCAUACCCCUGUCAGGCUGGCGCAGGAGGCAUUUCGUGCAGCGGAUGGAGGAUAUCAUGCAAUACCUGCACCGCUGCCUGGAGGAGAAACGCCUCGACCACUUCUUCUUCGGCAACGAGAGGGUGCCUGAGGAGAUAGUCUUGCCCCCAGCCUUCCAAACGGCCGAACCACUCAACCUCUUCCAGCACCUGGUGCAGGAUCCAGCCGCCCAUGACAAGGCAAUGCUUGAGUAUAAGUAUCUGCGAGAACGGUUCAUAAGACUGCUGAUCCUCGGCCACUGA